AGACAGUGGCUCAUAGUGACAGCAGGGACAGAGGGAGGCAGAGCGAGCGAGGGAACUGGGGAAGAGAAAACUGUCAGUGGGGGAAAAAUGCAGGAAAGACACUGAAGCUGAGCUGGUGAGGAGGAAACAAGAAAAUACAUCCAAGGCUAGAAAGAGUCAUUAGGAAGCAACAUUGUGGAAACAGAAGAGAAAGUGAGGAAACUGACUGAUUUGUCCAAAUGUGUUUGUGAUGUGCAAUUGGCAGUGCUUAAUUUGCAGCGUGGAGUGUGUAUGCGUGAGCGGGUCUGAUUGUGCUACCAGUACUGCCUGGAAAACGUGCUUGGUGGAUUAUGAGAGAUCAUGACGAGUACGAUUGUGUGUGUGUGUGUGUGUGUGUGUGUGUGUUAGAUAGUGUGUGUGUUUAUUAGUGAACAAAAGGGCUAGGUGCAGCUUGUUCGUGAGUGUGUGUGUUUAGAUGAGAAAGCUGUGCAGCUGAAGAGUUGCUUGAGAAAAGGGAAAAGAUAGUGCAGAUAGCUGAAGCACUUGAGGAUGCCAGGGCAUUCAGGGACAAGCACAGCUCUCCGAUAACUGCCGUCUUGAGUACUUCAGACCCAACAAAGGAAAGCAAACCAAUAAACAGAGACUGUUGAGGCAAAUAAGGUGAAACCAUGGGAGCACGUGUCUUCUUGAGACAUCAACGGAACUAUUUGUAGGACUGUUGUUGCUGACUACCUCAAAGGGUAAAGCCACAAAGACUGUAGAGUUUCUUUGGAGGUCUGCGUGAAGGAUCGGUGGGGGUCCAUUAUAGUGUCCAGUGAUCCCUUGAUGUCUUCAGCACCCAGCCAUGGGAGAGUGGACCAUUUUAGAGCGCCUCCUGGAGGCCGCUGUACAGCAGCACUCUACAAUGAUUGGAAGGAUUCUACUGACAGUUGUGGUGAUAUUCCGUAUCCUAAUCGUGGCCAUCGUAGGUGAAACGGUCUAUGAAGAUGAGCAGACCAUGUUUAUCUGCAACACCCUCCAACCUGGUUGCAACCAGGCCUGCUACGACAAGGCCUUCCCCAUCUCUCACAUCCGAUACUGGGUUUUCCAGAUCAUCCUCGUUUGUACGCCCAGCCUGUGCUUCAUCACCUAUUCAGUGCAUCAGUCGGCCAAACAACGUGACCGUCGCUACUCCUUCCUCUACCCAAUGAUGGAGAAGGACUACAGUCGUGAGGGUACCCGCAAACUACGCAAUAUUAAUGGCAUUUUGGUGCAGCACUCUGACAGUGGUGGUGGAAAGGAUGAACCUGAUUGCUUAGAAGUAAAGGAGAUCCCAAAUGCUCCGAGAGGCCUCUUGCAUAGCAGGAGCUCCAAGGUACGACGACAAGAGGGCAUCUCUCGCUUUUACAUAAUCCAGGUCGUGUUCCGCAAUGCACUGGAGAUAGGCUUCUUGGUGGGACAGUAUUUUCUGUAUGGCUUUAGUGUCCCUGGCAUCUUUGAGUGUGACCGCUACCCCUGCUUGAAGGAGGUGGAGUGCUACGUAUCACGACCCACUGAGAAGACGGUCUUCCUAGUGUUCAUGUUUGCAGUGAGUGGGAUCUGCGUCGUGCUCAACCUUGCUGAGCUCAACCACCUCGGCUGGAGGAAAAUCAAGGCUGCCAUUCGAGGUGUGCAAGCCCGCAGGAAGUCCAUCUGUGAGAUCCGCAAAAAGGACAUGGCCCACCUGUCACAACCGCCAAACCUGGGCAGGACCCAGUCCAGCGAGUCUGCUUAUGUCUGAUCUCCAUUCACCUAAAUAUGGAGUCGCCAGGAGUGGAGCAGAGUGGAAUGCAGUUAUGGUACUUGUGCAAAUGUUUAUAAAGGCAAAGGGGGAGGGGCUCCACAUAGCCUCACCUCUUUCCCAUAAACCACUCCCUCCCUCUUUAUUACAUAGGACAAUGUUUGAGGAAGUUUGCACAAUGUUAGGCUUCUGGAACAGUAUGUGAAGACGGCAUAAAAGGGAAUUUUUAAUUUCGAACACAAGGAUCAAUGGAAGGGUGAAGAGCGUAAGGUACGAUACAGGGAGGUGAUGGAUGUCUUAAACAGAAUGUACUGGAAAUGAAAGAAUUUGGGUCUGUUUUCCCACUUUUCUCACUUUCACAUCUUGAGGAAAGAGGAAAAAGAAGGAUAGUUAGCAGGAGGACGUAGCAUGACAAUAACCUCCCACUUUCCUCAACCGUUGUUGCUGAGAUGGUGCCAGAAGAAGAAAACUGUUUAGGUUUGCUCUCCUGGCAGUGCAUCGGCCUAAAACAAACAACAGGUGGGAUAUAAACAUUGUUACAAGCAGUGGCACCUUCACUUUGACAUUUGAUUGAACAAUCAUUAGCAUCUUCUUUUGUAAUCUCUCUCUGGUUGUCGUAAAAGACUAGGAGAGGAUUAUUACCUCCGCGCAAAGUGUGCCCUUCCAUAAAGACACCCACUGUUCCGUGUUCCAGUCAAGUAUUGCAUGAAUGUGUGUUUAUAUGUAUGUAUGUGACCAAAGGUGAAAGAAUUUAGAAGUCGCAGAUUCCUUUUUGUUCAUUUUAAGAAUUUUAAGGUUGGUGCCAUCAACUUAAAUGACUGUUUAUUUCAGAAUAUUAUUUAAAACAUAGAUUAUUUCUCUUUAUUGGGAAAGAGAGCCAAACCCUGUUGAAAAGUAUUUCCAUGCUGGUUUAUGCUGGUUAUUGCUGGGUUAUCUGGUGGAGAAGAGUAACCAGCAUGGUCUUUCUGGUGAACAUGAUUAAGAAAGGAAGUCUUGCGUGUUAUGAUAGAUGCUUGAUGGGGACACCCAUAAAAAGAAUUGAAGAAAUGUUUUCAUUUAUCCAAAUGUUUCUAUCAGAUGAAUUUAUUAUCAAAACAUUAGCAUAAAGAUAUCUUUCAAAGGCAUGUUUACAAAGCUUUAUCUGUCAAAUGACUCUUGAAAUGAAAAAUCGAUGUUCAGUGUGUGUUAUUAGGAAAAAGGAUCAAUUUAUAGUGUUUUUCUUAUCUUUUUUCUUCUCGUCACGUGUUUAAUCGGCAUGCCUUUACUAUUAAGAAAAGAAGAAACGUAGAAAACAUAUAUGUAUGCAUUGCACUUUGUGAGGAUGGGAAGAGUGGAUAAAAGGAGAAACUCACUCUGGGAAGGACAUCAUUGAGCCUUUUGAGUUGGUCCAUCUGAAAUAAGAUCGAUGACAAGUACGUAGGUAUGUGCGUGUGUGUAGCUGUUAUCCACUGUGUGCCUUUGUUUACACAGUGUGGGUUAAAGCAGAGUGUAACAUCUCUAACGAACACUCACCAAAAAAAAACAACUAAAAAAACAUUUGAGUUGUCUUUCAGCCCACUAAAGAACGUACUUGUGCCUACACCGCCCUGACUCCACUCUGCACGUGCACAUAAAACGACCCAGUGUAGACAGAACACAGUGCAACUAACAGGGACCAGCUCGCUGACAUACCGCAGACACAGAAAACACUGUCAGACAAGACACAGAGAGAAAGAGAGGAAACUGCAGAGGCCCUCAAUUGGCGUUUCUUACAGAAAACAAGUAUUUCCCAGGAAAGUGUGUGUUUAUGUUUAGCUUGACAUGAAGUGCAGUUUAGCCACAGUUCUGAUUCAGGCCAGAAGUCAGUGUGAGGAUGGAUAUUGUUGUUUAUAUCUAAAUUGAAUGAGCGGUAUAAAAUCGGCCACAUUUAUGACGCGUCCAAAGCAUGUCACAUUUGUUUUACUGCAAAUCUAAACAGCUUGUAAAUGAUCCGUUAAAACUUAGAAGCACUUGUGGACAUUUCUGCACUUCAUCCAAGAUGAGAACACGAUUGCAUUUAGACCCAGGGUACAAAAUUAACACCCAUCAAGCGGUAAAUGAGAUUGCCAAGUACAUAAACGAAGCUACUUGCCAGUUUAUUAGGAACUGCAACAGUACUGCAAUUAAAAUAUAACCCUCAAUAAAGUGAUGCAAUUUAAAGACAUGUAAACUACUACUGCUGUUAUUUAUUUCAAAUGCCAAUUCAAUUUCAUGGCCAUUAAUAAAUAUUUACAUUUUCUAAAAUCACCUGCCAUUUGCCAGCAUGGUGAAAAGUUCAUUUUGAACCCU